GAGUCGUCGGUGAAGCUUAACAGGAAACUUGCUUCUCUCUGACUCUCUUUACUUGUUGUUGCAACACACACACGCACACACGCGCGCGCGCAAAUGCUGCGGUGUACGCGGUGCACAUGGCGAGCGAAGCACCGCUUUGUAGACCGGGUCAAGGUACUGAUCUGCAGCGGGGCGGGUGGGGACGGUGCGAGUAUCAUGGCCCACGUACACGGCAACGAGCUUGCCGGUCCGGGUGGCGGUAACGGCGGCAACGGUGGAAACGUGAUGCUGCGCUGUGUCAAGUCGUGCACCGACCUCAGCGAGAUUGAGGGCAUGGGCAGCCAGAUAUCCGCCGGUACCGGCUGCUGCGGCUUUUCGCGUGAGGCGCACGGCAAGCGUGGACAGGACCUGUGGUUGCAGCUACCUGUCGGGACGCAGGUAAUCGACAUGGACACGAACGAGGUGCAGUACGACCUCGAUGAGGCGGGUGUGGAAAUGAUUCUACUUGAGGGUGGCCAAGGAGGCAAGGGCAACGCCGCCUUCGCCAACAAGUACCACCACUCCCCCAUUGAGUCAACGAAGGGGUUGCCGGGGAAUACGAUGCUGGCGCAGAUUGAGCUGAAAACCAUCGCCGACUGCGGACUGGUGGGCUACCCCAACGCAGGCAAGUCGUCGUUGCUAUCUGCCAUCAGCGCCAGCAAGCCCACCAUCGCUCCCUACGCCUUCACCACGCUGCGCCCCUACGUCGGCGUGCUGCACGACCUGUACGGCAAUGUGUGUCGCGUGGCGGACAUACCCGGGCUCAUCGAAGGCGCGUACGAAAACCGCGGUCUCGGCCACCAGUUCCUGCGCCACGUGGAGCGGACGAAGUGUCUGGCACUCGUGGUCGACAUGUGCGACACGUACAUCCCCACCAACAGCACGCAGGCGGUGUUGCAGCCGUGGGACGUCGUGGACCUUCUGCUGCAGGAGCUGGACUACUACCUCGCUGGCAUGAGCGAGCGCGUCAUCAUGAUCUUCGCAAACAAGAUGGACGUAGAGAAGGACAGCUCGGGAAGCCCUACGAGGCAGAAGCUGGAGGAGCUGCAGCGGCGCGUGUCGCUUCCAGUGUUCCCGAUUUCAGCAGCCCUCGGCAUUGAGCUGGGGCCGCAGCACGCCAGCACCGGACUGGCACCUGCCCUGCAGUUCAUGUGCAACGAGGUCUUCUCACGACAGUCGCAGGAGCGGCAGGUACGCCAGUUCCGCUAUUCUCAGGAGCGGGAACAGCUCGAGCGUGCCUUCCGCGCCAAGAACAAUGGUGUUUUUUUGCCGAGCAUUCCUUCCAUGGAGUCGUUUGACGCUGCGUCGUUGUCGCCAUCUGCGGGGAGCGAAGGUGGGGGCGGGGAAGACGGGUCGGUGGCCUCCCUCGUUGACCAGCAGUUUGACUUUAUUGGCAACAGCGGCCUUGGGGUGGACUUCGACGCGUAUGCGAACUCUGCCGCGCGCGGCCAGCUGCACCGCUACCGCGACCUGACCAUGAAAGGCAAGUACUGGAACCUGACGCGGGAGGAUGGGGAAGUGCUGAAGGGUGAACGCUGGAAAUAG